GGCCCGUGCCCAGUGCAGCCCAGUGCCCCCAGUUCUGACCAGCACCUCGUACCCCAUAGCGCUAUCCCCAGUACAGCCCGGUGCCCCCAGUUCUGAACAGCACCUCACACACAGCCCCAUCCCCAAUAUAGGCAGGUGCCCCUAGUUCCGACCAUUAAUUCAUGCCCCCACAGCUCAUUCCCAGUACAGCCCAGUGCUCCCAGUUCACACCAGCACCUCACCCACAGCCCUGUUCCCAGUACUGCCCAGUGCUCCCAGUUCAGACCCCGCUUCACACACAGCCCCAUCCCCAGUACAGCCCAGGGCCUCGGUUCAGAUCAGCACCUGACACCUACUUUCUCUCAAUCAUCCCAGUGUCCCAACAGCACUCCCUGUUCCACACACUCCCAGUUUACUCCCAGUUUACUCCAGUGCUUCACGUGCCUGCAAGCAGCACCUUCCAGCUCAGCCCAGUGUCCCCAGCAUGGCCCAGCACCCCCAUUUCAGCCUGGUACCCAGACAGUGCGUGGUGACCCCAGCCCUGGACCCCUCCACAGGGAUCCUGGACUGCCCACUGCUGUUAGUUGGCCACUUUGAGUCAUUUGUGGGCUUCCAGACAGCUUAGUCAUUAACUCCAGAACUUUCCUGAGAGCUGGUAGCAAAGAGCAGCGAGGGCUCAUCAUCUCCCCCAGCCCAGACCCCCAGAGGUUAUCAUCCUCAUGGAAAGAGUGGACAGGCACUGCAACUGCCCAGGGCAGUGGGAGAAUCGUAAUCCCUGGAAAUACUCAAUAAACAUGUGGAUGUGGCACUUUGGGACAUGGUUUAGUGGUGGGCUUGGCAGUGCUGGUUUAAUGGUUGGACUAGCUGAUUGCAGGGAGCUUUUCCAGCCUUAACAAUUCUGUAAUACCAGGGUGGCUGCAGCUGUGGAAAUCAGACCUGUGGGCUCCCCGUGCUCAUGGAAAGGCUGGGCUUGUUGCUCAUGUUCACAGUUCAGUACACCCUGCCUGUGGUUCCUGUGCUUUUACUCCUGCCUCUGGAUUAGGAAGGGUGACAUUAUUCCCCUGGCAGCAGUCUUGGUGCCUUUGUAUUUUUUUUGUUUAACUGAGAUUAGAAGUUAUCAGUAAUUAUAUUUGAGGAUGCCCUGGGGUUUUAUGCAAAUCCUUCUGUAUUUCACUGCACUAUUCAGAUGCUUGGGCACUCUGAGAUAUCCCCACUCUGGGUUUUGCUCUGCAGUCCCCCCAGGGACACGGGAUAGAGGUGGGUGGCUGAAGAGGGAGAUGAGCAGCCCCAGCAGGGUGUAAUCUGCAGGGCCAUUCUGCACAAGGCCAGCGAUAAUUAUUGAGCAAGAGAAGGUGAUGCUGAGGGGAGAGAGUUGUCCUGGGAUGAUUAAAGACCAGUCAUGUUAUCACAGCAGAGCAUUCCUGGUACACCAGCACUGGGCUGUCACGUUAAAAUUUCACUGUGUCUGCCUCAAAAUAUAAUUUUACUUUCUUAAAUAAUAAAUUAUAGGCCUAUCUGUCAUUCCCAGCUCUUGGACAUUUAGCUGUAGUUUGCCUUGUCGUUUAAAGCAAUCAUUGCAAGUUCUUCAAGCCCUAGUAGGAAAUUAAACAGUGAAGCCAAGAUUUAGACUCCACUUUUCAUACUUUAAAAAUUUAAUAUGCCUCAAAUAUUUUGGAGUUAAAGCAGAUGUAUGUGCCCCCUUAUGCACAGAAUUCUACUUAAGGGCAGGGCAAUUCCUGUGGAUAAUACAGGCCCAUGGGGAAAGUUAUCCCUGAUCUCACAGUGAUGCCAUUCAAUCUGAUUUACAAUCAGGGCUGUUGGAAAUUGGAGUCCCACCUUUACAAUUAGCUAACAGGUCUGUUGCCUGCUUCUGCUGUUUCAAAUGAGAAACCCUGGUAGCUGGCUUUUGGAACAGAUUUUGGAUUAAAAAAUACCUACAUUAUUUUUUUUUAAAAAAAAUAAUCCCCUUUGGUGAUUUCCUGACAAAGAUUCGUGACCUGCCCAUGGAUAUUCUGCAGUGGAGGUGUGGAUCAUCUUGAGAAGCAGCAGCAAGAGAGAAAGACAGGCUUGGUGGGGUUUCCCAGAGGACAUGUCUUCACCGCUGGCCCUGUGACACAGGAACAGCAGCAAUCAUGUUGAGUCCAGCUCUUUGCAUUCCUGAGGCCAGGACACCCUUGUCUCACCACCCCGUGGGUAGCUGAAGCCCUGGGAUGAGGAAUUUGGCUCAGAGGUUCAUGCAAAGCUGGAGGCAGUCAUUUUCCACGUCACAUUGUGUUGAGGAUCAGACUUCUGCCACCAAACUUGUUCCUGAGGAGUUCCCACAACAAUCCCCAGCACAGCCCUGAUCCUGAGUGAGCAAUGAAGUCCUUCCAGCACCGUCACCUUUUGGCUGCUCUGGUUUCUGUGAUAGUGCAGGAGUAACUCUCAGAAAAGGAAUUAAAAUUCCAUCAUGAUUUCAGUGAUGAUGAAUCCUCCCGUGCAGACAUCCCUCUGUGUACACACAAAUCUUAAUCCUGCAGUCACAGAGGAGGAAUGCCCAGGUUACACAGAAUAGGAAGGAGUGCUGAUGGUCUGUGCCUUAUCCCUGUGUUUAUCUGGGUCACAGCUUGGUUGAGUAACCCCUGAUUAAAAGCACUCUCACUGAGGAGAGCUUGGAGCACUGCCAUGCAACACGUCAGGGCUGCCAGGGUGGUGAGUCCAAACCUCUCUGAGCGGUCACUGCAAGGGGACAGAGCCAGCACCUCCUGCACAAUGACGCUGACCCAAGCUGAGAAAGCCGCUGUGGUUACCAUCUGGGCCAAGGUGGCCACCCAAGCUGAUGCCAUUGGGGCAGAAUCACUGGAGAGGCUUUUCUUCAGCCACCCCCAGACAAAAACCUACUUCCCUCACUUCGAUCUGAGCCAAGGCUCAGCUCAGCUCCGUGGCCACGGCUCCAAGGUCAUGAACGCCGUCGGGGAAGCUGUGAAGCACAUUGAUAACAUCCGAGGGGCUUUGGCCAAGCUCAGCGAGCUGCAUGCCUACAUCCUCAGGGUGGACCCUGUGAACUUCAAGCUGCUUUCCCACUGUAUCCUGUGCUCCGUGGCUGCCCGCUAUCCCAGUGACUUCACCCCAGAAGUUCAUGCUGCGUGGGACAAGUUCCUGGCCAGUGUUUCCUCUGUUCUGACAGAGAAGUACAGAUAAAUGACCUCAAAAGAGGGUGAGGGAUGCCCAUCCACAGCCCAGCCCUGCUGCCACAGGCUCUGGUGUAUCACCUCUUCCUGAGCAGCUCUUUAAAACCCUGCUGCAGGAGCUCAGUCAUCUUCAAAACCCAAUAAAUAAUUCAAAUGUGAGCUAUGGUCUCUGUGCUUUCAUCUCAAUGUGUUCUGCCCACACCUGACUGUUCAGGCAGGGGUGUUUAGAAAUGUCUACAAAAUAUGGAGGGGGAAAUAUUAGACUUUAUAAACUCACAUAGUAAUUCAUAUACUAAUGAACUCAUACUAAUUCGUAUGCCAGUUCAGUGGGGAUAACAUAACAUUCAGUGGGAGCAACAUAGCAUUGAACAGAAUGGGCUGGAGCCCUGUGACAGCAGCUGCUCACCAAGGUAUAUCCACCACAGUCUCUUUCCAGGCUGACCAGGAAAGAGUCUUUUACCCUGCUAGGACACUGAACGGACCCAGGUUUUUGCCUGACUUAUCCAAAUCUCAUCCCAGCCUGUUGGGAACCAAACCUUCACUGCAAUGCAGGGUAUUGUCCUCUUGUGCCUCUCUCCAUGGGGUAUGGAUGUGGUAUCUGACGUGUUUCUUCUUUGGGUUAACUCCACUGUGCAGCCACCGCACCCCAGCUGCCCACUCACCUCCCCCCCUCCCUGCAAUGGGAUGAGGUGAAGGGCAAAGGAGGAUAAAGGCAAGAAAAAUUUGGGGAGUUGAGAUCAAACAAAUAAACAGAAAUAAUUGUUUAGUAAGUGAAGACUAGGUGGAAGCACAGGGAAGAAAACAAAACAGGGGAUGCAAAGACAAUCACUCACCAUAUGCCAUGGGUAGGCUGAUGUUCAGCCAGUUCAUGAGCAAAAACCAUGGAGAACCGCCCUAAAACUCCCUCAAACCCCUUAUUUUCCCUUUGAUUGCUGAGAAUGGUGUUAUAUGGUAUGAAAUACCUCUGAUUAGCCUAUCUGCCUGUCUGUGUUCUCUCCCAGCACCUCAAAAUCUAUUCCCUGGGUGGGGGGCAGAGUGAGAAGCAGAGGCAGUCUUGAUGCUGUGCAAACACUGCUCAACAAAAUCUGGAACAUCAGCCUGUUAUUGGGGCCAGUUUGACCAAAAACCUGAAGCACAGCACCAUGUCAGCUCCUGUCUCAGAGACUUCUGGCAUGAAACUGUGUGCAAAGCCUUCAGCUGCUCUGAUGGCCAGCCUGAGCCAGCACUGCAAGUGGCAGUCCUCAUCUCAUCAUGGAAUUUAGGGACUGUGUUUGGACAAGAGGGAGAAGGGUGAUGUGGAAGCUCUCAGGCCAUCAAAUGGCUCUAAACAUGUCACCACAACAGCUUUUAAGGCAUUCUGCAUCCAUGAAUGUCGGGUAACCUGUAAGUUUAAAUCCAUGUCUUCCGUGCUAGGGCAGCAUCUGGUGUGUACCUUACCCCGUGUUUGCACCAACUCCUUCCUGCAGAGGCUGAGAAAAGGAUGUGAGAGUCAGAGGAGAUGGCCUCAAGUUGUGCCAGGAGAGCCUUAGCUUGGAUAUUAGGAAAAAUUUCUUCACUGAAAGCAUUGUCAGGCACUGGCACAAUCUGUACAGGGCAGUGGUGAAGUGCCUGUCCCUGGAGGGAUUUAGCAGAUGUGUAGAUGUGGCUCCUGGGGACCUGAUUUAGUGGUGGCCUUUGCAGCACUGGGGGAAUGAUUUGGCUCAAUGAUUCCAGACACCUUUUCCAACAUUAAUAAUUCUAUUAUUAUAAAAUUCUGCUACUGUAUGAUCAGCCACCAUGUGCCCUGUGGGAUUUCCCAGCAUUUAUGGGAAGAGGCAGGAGCACACUUUGGGGUGGGAAGAAGGGAAGGAGUCCAGAACUGACAAGCAUCACAGGAUGGACUUUGGGAAGACUAUGAAGCCAAAGGGGAGGCUGUUCCCUGUCUGGGUUUUUCUGGAAGGGCUUAUUCAUGGCUCCUACUCAGAGGCCCUGGGGCUCUUGGGGCAGAGAAGGGUACCAAAGUAUGGAGGGGACAUGAGACACUUGUGGGACCUACCUCAACACCCUCAGAGCCAGGAGGACCCUGGCCCAUCCGUGGGGAAUGACAGAUCACAACAGGAGGUUGGAGGACAUGCCAGCCAGGGUGGACAAGGCUGCAGUACCCAUGGGGCAUGCCCAGGGGUAAGGUACCAGCCUGGUAAGGUGCUGCCCCCUGCCCCAUUCUGGUGUUGGGCUGAUGCAGUGGGGCAGAACAGGCAGCUGGGCCCUCCAGGAGCCUCCUUAGGGCAGGGCCCCCCCGAGCUAUGCGGGGCCCCCAAGGCAGCGCCGCAGCCGCUCCCAGGGCCCGGCCAUCCCCUCGCCCCUCAGUGUGAUAAGAUAAGGCUGGGUGGAGGUACCAGCAGCUAUAAGAGGCGUCCCUGCGGGUGCUGUUGCCACCAACCCCUGCCCACUCUUCCAGCCGCCACCAUGCUGACCGCCGAGGACAAGAAGCUGAUCCAG